AUGGCAAGAGCAUCAGCAUUUAAUCGGUAUACUAUUGAUAUUUUCUUUAACAAAUUACAAAAAGGUAUAUCAGAGUCUAAAGCAACAUCGUUUAAAAUUUUUAAUCUUAAUGAGACAGGUUUUACUAAUGAACAAAAAACUCCUCGUGUCAUUGCAUCAAAGGGAACAAAGCAAGUUGGGCAAAUAACAUCUAGAGAAAGAGGUGAAUUAGUAACGGUGUGUUGCGUUGUCUCUGCAGCUGGUGUAGCAAUACCCCCUGUUAUUGUUUUUCCAAGAAAAUUAUUAAGAAACACACUAAUGAGAGGAGCACCAGAAGGUUCUAUUGGAUUAGCCAAUCAAUCUGGAUGGAUGAAUGCUGAAAUAUUUAUUGAUGUUUUAAAGCAUUUUGUUAAGUUUGCUUGUCCAACAGCCGAUCACAAAGUUUUAUUGAUUAUGGAUAAUCAUGAAAACCACCUUUCACUACAGUCACUUGAUUUGCAAAAGAAAACUAUGUUUGUAUGA